CGCCAAACGCCGAACCAUCGUCCCAUCAAAUCAUCACCAUUAUAGAAUAGGCUUACAUGUUCUUCACGAUAGCCCGAGCUUGGAUCUUUUUUGAUGCACACUGUAGCGCAGUGACUAUCGCCUUUCUCACAUUAAUGCCCCGAAAUGGCAAGGUUCACUCCGCCUGGUAGUGGUUCCUAGCCGUACAGAGCAUCAAGACGAUUCGACACACUGGGCACUGCAAAGAAAUGCUACUUAAGCCCGAUAGACCCCAUGGGCUCUACGCCGCUUGCUAGCACGUCGUUUCAUUGAUUUACUUCUCGUUGAAAUAUGGAUUCUCGCGAUGGUUACACAUGGACGCCCACCGACGGCCUCAAAGCGGGCGUGCCGUCCCUCGGCGUCAUAACACCUUCUACAAACCUUUCGGAAUCAGAAUCGGAAGAAUUCUACGAUGUCAUCGUUGUGGGCGCUGGCUACUGCGGGCUCACAGCCGCGCGCAACGCCGCGGUGGAAGGGUUGAAAGUGUUGCUACUGGAAGGCCGGGAUCGCAUUGGCGGCCGAUCCUGGUCAUCAAACAUCCAAGGUUAUCCCUUUGAGAUGGGGGGGACAUGGGUGCACUGGGGCCAAUCCAACACUUGGAGAGAGAUGGUAAGAUAUCAGAUGAUGAAUGAGGUGGAGAAGUCGUUUGAUUUCUCGCAUGGUGUCAAUCACUAUGAAUUGAAUAUUGGGCUUCAAGGCUCUACCAUGAGCCACGACGAGGAGGAUGCACUGCUUAUCGCAGCGUUGAAAAAAUUCACAAACAUAGAUGGAGCGUGUGGGAGAAACAUGAUUCCUUUACCCUACGACAUGUUCCACGUUGCCGAUGCGACGCACCUUGAUGAUCUCUCCGCUCAAGAUCGCAUCGAUGAGAUUGCACCAUCACUAUCGCCACAGGAGCGCGCCGCCGUCGAAUCCUUCGUCCUGCUAUGCAGUGGGGCCACUCUUGCGACAACGAGCUUCCUCGAAUUCAUGCAUUGGUGGGCUCUGUGUGGCUACACCUACGCAGGCUGCAUAGACAUGCUUAUCACCUGGAAGUUCAAGGGUGGACAAUCGAGCUUCGCAAUCAAAUUCUUCCAGGAAGCACUUGCAACGAAGCGUCUCGCAUACGCUUUCAACAGCCCCGUGAACAAGAUUCAGGAUACGGGUCGAACAGUAAAAGUCACAACGCGGGAUGGCCGCCGGUACGAAGCAGCGCGACUCAUCUCAGCCAUGCCUCUGAACGUCUUGGGCGAAGUGACUUUCGAGCCGCCGCUUUGUACUGGGAAACGAGAGGCUAUUGCGACGGGUCAUGUUAAUCAAUGCGUCAAGGUUCACGCAGAGGUGUCGAACAAGGAUCUUCGAUCUUGGACAGGCGUUACAUAUCCGCACAACGAGCUCAUGUAUGCCAUUGGCGACGGAACAACACCUGCAGGAAAUACACACAUCGUCUGCUUUGGCGGUAGUAACAAACAUAUCGACCCUGAGGACGACAUUGACGCAACGAAGCGUGCAGUUACGAACAUGUUCGUGCAGCAAAAAGACCAGCCUAACAUUGAGAGAUUAGUAUUCCACAACUGGUCGAAAGAUGAGUUUGCAAAGGGUGCGUGGUUUUUCUCAUCUCCUGGCUUCCUCGCGAAACAUCUGGAUCAUAUGCGGGAGAGGCAUGGGAAUGUACUGUUUGCGAACUCGGAUUGGGCACUUGGUUGGAGGAGUUUCAUUGACGGUGCGAUUGAGGAAGGGACGAGGGUUGCUUUUGAAGUGCGAAAAGAAUUGACGGAGUCACUGGACCAUGGUGGGAAAAGCAGUCUGUAAGAAGAGAUGAUGUAUAGUUUCUGUAGCAUAAGAAAACAUCCUUAUCAGUC